AUGACAUCUCCAAAGUUUGUCCUCUACCUGACAUGUUUGGUGCUCGGGGAAAUUGCUCUGACAACUGCUCUGAAAUCAUCCUCACCUGUUCAUCGAGAGAGCCGAGAAACUGGAGAGAAACUGACUUUACAAUGUUUCUAUGAAGAGUCUGAGACUGCAUGGGUGCAAUGGUUCAAACACACUGUGGGAGAGAAACUAAAGCUCAUCUCGCUUGUCUACAAAUUUACCACUAAUGAUACUUUCCGUGGUGAAUUCAAGAACAAUCCACGCUUCUCACUGGAUAAACAACUUGGUCAAAAUCAUUUGACAAUCUCAGAUUUGCACGUGUCAGACUCAGCUACUUAUCACUGCUUAAGCUGCCUUUACUGCAGUAUGGAGAUUUUGGAAACCGUUCAUGUCAAUGUGAAGAGUUCAGGGUUUAAAGUCCCAGCCGUCAUCCAUCAGUCAGAGUCUGAGACCAUCCAGCCAGGAGGCUCUGUGACUCUGAACUGUACCGUCCACACUGGGAGCUGUGAUGGAGAACACAGUGUUUACUGGUUCAAAGACUCUGAAGAAUCUCAACCAGGACUCAUUUACACCAGUGGAGGAAAGAAGGAUCAGUGUGAGAGGAAGCCUGAUUCACAAACACACACCUGUGUCUACAACUUGCCAAUGAAGAACCUGGAUCUGUCUCAUGCUGGGACCUACCACUGCGCUGUGGUCUCAUGUGGACACGUUCUGUUUGGAGACGGGAUCAAGCUGGACUUUAAAGACCGGGUGGACCUUCUUGUCUUGGUGUAUUGUUUGAGUGGAGCUUUGAUAUUUGUGACUCUCCUGGUAGUGGUCUUGGCCUUCUCACUGUACAAGAUGAACAAAAGGAUCCGUUUCCUGUCUCAAGAGGCUCAAACAAGUUCUUCAGCCCCCUCUGCUAGAAACCUGGAGGGUCACAGAGAAGCAGACAACCUCUUUUAUGCUGCUCUGAGUGUUAACAAGCCCAACACAUCAAGAAGACAGAGAAACACGACCACAGAUGAGUGUGUGUACUCCAGUGUGAAGCAGUAGAAGUCAUGGUGUUUCAUUUCACUCUGUAAGUUUGACUGGAUUUUGUACGGGGCGCUGUUUGUAAAGUUGUGCACACCAAAAAUAAUGGCAGCAUUUCUCCACAAUUAGCUCCAAAACGUCUUUGAAAAUAUCACAACUCGUUUUUACUCCAGUGUGAAGCAGUAGAAGUCAUGGUGUUUCAUUUCACUCUUUAAGUUUGACUGGAUUUUGAUCCAUAUUUUCAAAGAAUUAAGUAUGAUCUGUUCUACAUACAUUUCAUGUUAAUAGAAUCAAUGUAUAA